AUGUCUUCCCCCGAAGAGAUUGCACAAUUUGCCAAAGAGUAUGGCAUCAAAAAUGUGGACUUGGUGAAAACGGGUGCGUUCAUAAAUGGAAAAUGGAUCCAGGACGAAAAAUCGAUUUUCACCGUUUGCAACCCAGCCACCACGAAGACUCUUCUUAACGUGUACGACACAUCAAUGGAUCAGGUUAGAGAGUCUAUUGAUGCUGCUGAUGCUGCUUUUAAAACUUUCACAAAGACAACCUCCGGAAGAGAGAGAUCAAAGAUUCUCUACAAAUUGUAUGAUUUGAUUAUGGAGAAUGCCGAUGAUCUCGCCAGAAUCAUCACCGCUGAGAACGGUAAGCCUCUUGCCGACUCUCUAGGUGAGGUGAAGUAUGCUGCCUCAUUCUUUCAAUGGUAUGCUGAAGAGGCCCCAAGAAUUUAUGGAGAUGUCAUACCUUCUUCUAGCAAUUCCAAGAGGAUUGUUACAAUGAAGCAGCCAAUCGGUGUCGUUGGAAUCCUCACACCUUGGAAUUUCCCAGCUGCCAUGAUAACAAGAAAGCUGGGUGCUGCAAUUGCUGCUGGUUGUACUGCUGUGAUAAAGCCUGCCUCCAGAACCCCACUUACGGCUCUUAGUAUCGUCUAUCUUGCCGAAAAAGCCGGAGUUCCAAAGGGUGUGGUAAACAUCUUUCCUACAGUCCAUUACAAGACGAAAGAGGCCGGACAGAUUAUCUGCGAGUCAGAUGUUGUCAAGAAAGUUUCCUUCACAGGAUCAUCAGGUGUUGGUAAGAAGCUAAUGGAGCAAUCUUCAUCGACAUUGAAGAAGCUAUCCUUUGAAUUGGGUGGAAAUGCACCUUUCAUCGUGUUUAAUGAUGCAGACAUUGACAAUGCAAUUAAAUCGGCAAUGCUAUGUAAGUUGAGACAGUCUGGCCAGACAUGUGUUUGCGCCAACAGAUUAUACGUUCAAAGCGGUGUCUAUGACGAAUUCGCCAAGAAGAUCGUUGCCGAGGUUAACAAAACCGUUCUGGGCAAUGGUAUGGAUCCUAAGACUACUCACGGACCAUUGAUCCACGAUGGUGCUGUUGCUAAAGUUGAAAGCCAGGUCGAGGAUGCUGUUAGUAAAGGUGCAAAGGUCUUGGCUGGAGGAUCUAGAUGCCCUGAACUCGGUCCUAACUUCUACAAGUUGACUGUGUUAGGAGAUGUUACUCCGGAUGCUGUUGUGAACAAGGAGGAAACUUUCGGACCUUUGGUUCCAUUAAUCAAAUUUGACACCGAGGAAGAGGUUAUCAAAUACGCCAAUGACACCGAAUAUGGAUUAGCCGGAUACUUCUUCACCAAAGACUACAGCCGCUUGAUUAGAGUUGCUGAAGAUCUACAUUGUGGUAUGGUUGGAGCUAACACUGGAGCAAUUUCCGAGGCCGCAUUACCAUUUGGUGGUGUGAACUGGUCUGGAUUUGGCAGAGAGGGCUCUAAAUACGGUGUUGACGACUAUAUCGUGAUCAAGUCCGUGGUUAUCGGCAAUUUGUGA